AUUUCAGUCCAAGGCUUCAGGAACAUUGCAAACAGCUGCACUGGAAUUAUGCAUCUGACCAUUAAUGACAUGCCAACUCUGACGGACAACUGUGUAAAGGCUUUAGUUGAAAAGUGCCAGCGUAUUACAUCAAUAGUUUUCAUUGGUGCACCACAUAUCUCUGAUCGUGCUUUCAAAGCUCUUUCUACUUGUAAUCUCAGAAAGAUCCGAUUUGAAGGAAAUAAAAGGAUUACAGAUGCAUGCUUCAAAUUUAUAGGCAGGAAUUAUCCAAAUAUCAGUCACAUUUACAUGGUGGACUGCAAGGGAAUAACUGAUGGUAGCCUCAAGUCACUUUUACCUUUGAGGCAACUGACCAUGUUGAACUUGGCAAAUUGUGCAAGAAUUGGUGAUAUGGGACUAAAGCAAUUUCUUGAUGGUCCUGCAAGCAUAAAGAUAAGAGAGCUAAAUUUAAAUAACUGUAUACAGCUGGGCGAUUCCUCUAUUGUGAAACUGUCAGAGCGCUGCCCUAAUUUAAACUACCUGAGUUUACGAAAUUGUGAACAUUUUACUGACCAAGGUAUAGAAUAUAUUGUAAACAUCUUUUCCUUGAUAUCGGUAGACCUCUCUGGAACAGGCAUCUCUAAUGAGGGUUUGAUAAUACUUUCCAGACAUAAAAAAUUGAAGGAACUUUCUCUAUCUGAGUGUGACAGAAUCACCGAUUUUGGAAUCCAGGCAUUCUGUAAAAGCUCACUGAUCUUGGAAUACUUGGAUGUCUCUUACUGCCCCCAGCUGUCAGAUGAGGUUAUUAAAGCACUGGCCAUUUACUGCACUAAUCUCACAUCGCUCAGCAUUGCUGGCUGUCCAAAGAUUACUGAUUUGGCGAUGGAGAUGCUAUCAGCAAAAUGCCAUUACCUGCACAUUUUGGAUAUCUCUGGUUGUGUCCUGCUUACUGACCAAACCCUUGAGGACCUUCAGAUAGGUUGCAGACAACUCCGAAUCCUUAAGAUGAAAUACUGCAGAUGUAUUUCCAC